AUGGGCGACGACGACAAUGUUUACGAGACAGAUGCAAGUGUCAACAUGUAUCUAGGAUUGCAUUACCCAUCAUCAGGGGAGAAAGAAGGGGUAUCGGCGAUUCUGCCACACACCAACGCUCCCACCUCCGCCCUACGAUUUCCACAACGAGUUGGAGGUCUCUUGCAAUCAUUAGAGCCAACGAAAACCAACGGAAAAGCUUUGGACAUUGGUUGUGCUGUCGGAGGAUCGUCCUUUCAGCUUGCUAAAACUUUCGACCACGUGGAUGCCUUUGAUUACAGCCACGCAUUUGUCCAAAUGGCGCAACGAAUGCAGGGUGAAGAAUCUAUCACUUUUAAAGUUCCCAUCGAAUCGGAUAUUCACGAGACUGUCCAAAGCGUUCAUGAAGAAGGAAUCACUGCCAAAAUAAGGUCCAAAGUACAAUUUUUCCAAGGGGAUGCCUGCCAAAUACCCGAAAUGGUGCAAGAUGGAAAGCUGACAACAUAUGAUGGUGUCAUCAUGUCGAAUCUACUAUGUCGUCUCAAGGAUCCCAUGGCAUGCCUUCGCGGAAUUGCAUCUAUUGUCAAUCGUGGUGGAGUCGUCGUGAUUGUAACGCCCUUUAGUUGGUUGACGGAGUUCACAUCUCGCGAGAACUGGUUGGGCGGGUACUAUCAUCAAGAAGAAGGAACUACUGAGAAGCCCGUUCAAUCGAAGGAUGUCCUGACAAAGGUCAUGGAAGCGGAAGGCUUUGAAAAAGUCCAUGACGAAGAAAUGCCAUUGAUCAUACGAGAGCAUCAGAGAAAAUAUCAAUACAUCGUUAGUCAAGCCACAGGAUGGCGAAAAAAGUGA